AUGGAGCUGGAGCUGUACUCCGCCCACCAGCCCCAUGAGAGGAGACAUCGCCAAGUUGUGGCUUUUGCCAUCGCCUUUUCUCCUCCAGCUCCAAACCGGCGAGCAAAUCCCAGCUUGGGGAACGCGGCGGCCGCCUGCAGGAGAGGGGCGGAGGGGCGCCCGGCUGGCGAGGUGUCCCCUAAAGGGUGUCUCGGCUGGGCCGGACCUCCCCCCGGCUCCUUCUUCCCCUCCCACUUCCUCUCCUCCAGGAGCCGCGGCUGUCAGGGAGCCGGGAGAAGCGACUGGGGGAGAGGCGCGGAGCUUUGCGCAAAGUUGGGCUACCGGUCUGGCGCGGCGCCUGCGGCCGAGGGUUGGGGCCGGCCGCCCCCGGGACCCUCCUCGGGCGCUCCCAUGGACUUCUCCCCAGGGCUGGCCGCAGCCUGGUGGGCGCUGUGCCUCUUGGCAGAAUUCUCUGGAGCCUUCAACAUUGAUACGAAGAGGCCCCGAAUUAUACCCGGCUCGAAAGACGCAUAUUUUGGCUACACAGUCCAACAGCAUGAAAUCAAUGGGAAGAAAUGGCUGGUGGUGGGAGCCCCUUACGAAACGAACGGGCAGCAGAAGACGGGAGAUGUCUACAAGUGUUCCGUGGACAUCGAGGCCAACAGCACCUGUUCCAAGCUCAACCUGGGAAGAGUAACUCUUUCCAAUGUGUCCGAGCGCAAGGAUAACAUGCGUCUGGGUCUCAGCUUGACCACAAACCCUAAAGACAACAGCUUUCUGGCCUGCAGCCCUCUCUGGUCUCACGAGUGCGGAAGUUCGUACUACACCACAGGGAUGUGCUCUAGGGUGAACUCCAACUUCAGAUUCUCCAAGACGGUGGCUCCAGCGCUCCAGCGGUGCCAAACGUACAUGGAUAUAAUUAUCGUCCUGGAUGGAUCCAACAGCAUCUACCCUUGGGUGGAAGUCCAGCAUUUCCUGAUCAACAUCUUGAAGAAAUUCUAUAUCGGGCCAGGCCAAAUACAGGUUGGAGUUGUGCAAUAUGGGGAGAACGUAGUGCACGAGUUUCACUUGAACGACUACAGGUCUGUGAAGGACGUGGUGGCUGCUGCCAGCCAUAUCGAGCAGAGGGGAGGCACGGAAACUCGGACCGCGUAUGGGAUUGAGUUUGCCCGCUCCGAAGCCUUCCAGAAAGGUGGGCGGAAGGGAGCUAAGAAGGUGAUGAUCGUCAUAACAGACGGGGAGUCGCACGACAGCCAAGACCUCGAGAAAGUGAUCGAAGACAGCGAGAAGGAUAACGUCACCAGAUAUGCCGUGGCGGUCCUUGGUUAUUACAACAGACGAGGAAUCAAUCCCGAAGCCUUCUUGAAAGAGAUAAAGUUUAUAGCAAGCGAUCCAGAUGAAAAGCAUUUCUUCAAUGUCACCGAUGAAGCUGCUCUAAAAGAUAUUGUUGAUGCUCUCGGAGAGAGGAUUUUCAGUCUGGAAGGCACCAACAAGAAUGAAAUAUCCUUUGGCCUUGAAAUGUCCCAGACGGGUUUUUCAUCACACAUUGUAGAAGAUGGGGUUUUGCUAGGAGCGGUCGGCGCUUACGACUGGAACGGAGCUGUGCUCAAAGAGACCAGCAGUGGCAAAGUGGUUCCUCACCGAGAAUCCUACCUCCAAGAAUUCCCCGAGGAGCUCAAGAAUCACGGAGCGUACCUAGGUUACACCGUCACCUCAGUGGUGUCGACGAGGCGGGGCAGGAUUUACGUCGCGGGAGCCCCCCGAUUCAACCACACGGGGAAAGUGAUCAUUUUCACAAUGCACACCGACCGGAAUCUCUCCAUCCACCAGUCGCUGAAAGGGGAACAGAUUGGCGCCUAUUUUGGAAGCGAAAUCAGCUCUGCAGAUGUUAAUGGCGACGGGGUCACCGAUGUGCUCUUGGUGGGAGCGCCCAUGUAUUUCAGUGAAGGGAGAGAGAGGGGAAAGGUGUACAUCUAUAUUCUAAAAGAGGACCGAUUGAUUGCUAAUGGGACCCUGGAAGACUUCCCGAGCUACCAGAACUCCCGGUUUGGUUCCUGCAUCGCUUCCGUCCCAGAUCUGAACCAGGACUCUUACAACGACAUCAUUGUGGGCGCCCCUCUGGAAGAAGACCACCAAGGAGCCAUUUACGUCUUCCACGGCCGCCAGGAAAACCUCCACCGGAAAUAUAAGCAGAGAAUUGCAGCAGCCGACCUUUCUCCGGGAUUGAUGUAUUUUGGGUGCAGCAUCCACGGGCAACUGGAUUUGAAUGAAGACGGGCUCAUCGACCUGGCUGUCGGCUCUCUUGGAAGCGCUGUGUUGUUAUGGUCCCGCAGUGUGGUGCAGGUCAAGGCCAGCUUCCAGUUCGAGCCGCCCAAGAUCAACAUCUUCAACAAGGACUGCACCCGCAAUGGAAAGGACGCCACCUGCCUGUCUGCCCUGGUUUGCUUCACGGCCGUCUUCCUCUCGCCACACUUCCAGACAGCGAGCAUCGCGCUGAAUUACAACGUCACUAUUGAUGAACGCCGGUACGUCCCACGGGCCCAUCUAGAUGAAAACGGGGACCGGCACACCCACAAGGCGGUCGUGUUGUUCGCCGGACGAGAACAGUGUGGCGGGCUGGAUUUCCACGUCAUGGACACGGCGGAUUACGUGAAGCCCGUGACCUUCUUGGUCGACUAUGCCCUGGAUGGUCCCGAUGGUGGCCCGGUGAUGGAUGAUGGGUGGCCGACCUCUCUGAAAGCUGCGGUGCCUUUCUGGAAUGGAUGUAAUGAAGAUGAGCACUGCAUCCCCAACUUAGUCCUUGAUGCUAAAACGGACCUUCCAAGUGCCAUGGAGUAUUGCAGACGCGUCCUGAGAAAGUCGCACUCGGAUUGCUCGGCCUACGCCCUGUCUUUUGACUCCUCCAUUUUUGUCAUAGAGAAUGCCAGGAGGAGGGUGGCAGUAGAAGCGACGCUGGAGAACCGCGGGGAAAAUGCAUAUAACACCGUUCUAAACAUUUCCUUCUCACGAAACCUGCAGUUUGCGAGCUUGAUCCAGAAGGAUGACCUGGACAUCAACAUAGAAUGCAUGUCUGAAGAAAAGCAUCCUAACAGAAGGAUUUGCAACGUCAGCUACCCAUUCUUCCGGGCAAAAGCAAAGGUGGCUUUUCGCCUGGAUUUUGAAUUCAGCAAGACUGUUUUCCUGCAGAGCUUGGAGAUCUCCCUGACUGCGAGCAGUGAGAGUGAGGAACAAGAAGGCACCAGAGAGGACAACUCUGCGCUUUUGAAGCUUCCGCUGAAGUAUGAAACUGACCUGCUUUUCACCAGGAGUUCCAGCCAGAACUAUUAUGAGAUCCUACCAAACAAUUCUCUGGGGAGAUACGACGGUGUUGGACCGCCAUUCAACUGUACUUUUAAGCUUCAGAAUCUGGGCCUCUUUCCUAUCGAUGGGCUGGCGAUCCGAAUCACCGUCCCGGUGGCCACCCGAGGAGGGAACCGCCUCCUGCAGCUGCUGGAUUUCAAGGAAACCACAAUCUGCACAAUCGGAGGCAACAACACGGACUACCGGAGGACCCCUUCCGACGAAGACAUGGGCCGCCACCCCCAGCUGAACCACAGCAAUUCUGACGUGGUCCUGAUCCUGUGCAGCAUGGUGCUGGCUGCCGGAGAAGAAGUGAACUUCCGCCUGCACGGACAUCUGUGGAUGGAGUCACUCCGAGCUCUCAAAUUCAAGUCCCUGCGAUUCGUGAUCAACGCGGCAUUGCAGAGGGGCUUCCGCAGCGCCUUCGUCUUCCGAGAGGAGGAGCCCAGCCGGCAGAUAACGUUUGAAAUCUCCAAGCUAGAGGAGUCCCACAUCCCCAUCUGGAUCAUCAUUGGGAGCACGCUCGGCGGUCUCUUGCUGCUGGCCCUCCUCGUGUUGGCGCUGUGGAAGCUCGGCUUUUUCAAGAGUGCCAGUCGCAAGAGAGACCCCGCACAAGACCAGGACUCCAAAGACUUGGACUGAGGCCUCCAGUUCCCCAGGGGAGGGGAAAAGAUCUGUCACUCCUCACAGCC